GAACAGGAAGUUCCUGUCAGGUGCUUGACAACCGGACGCUAAUUGGCAAUUAGUUGAUGAAAAUAGUAUAUUUUAUAUAUUAGCAAUAGAUUCAAUAAAAAAGAGAUGGCUAACGAAAAAGUAAUGAAAGGGGAUGUAAUGGAAUUUGCAACCAACAUGAAAAAACUCGUAAAUAACAAAGAACACAGUGAUGUGAAGUUCCUGAUUGGACAAAACAGAAAAGCUGUGUAUGCCCACAGGUGUAUUCUGUCCUCAAGAUGUGCUGUUUUCAAGGCUACGUUUGCAGAACAAUCACAAAAAAAUGGCACUAUAGACAAAGACACACCUUUCGUGUUGUCUGAUAUGAAUGCAGAUAUCUUUGUGGCUAUGCUAGAAUUUAUCUACACAAAUUGCGUCACCCUUACACCAAAAAUUGCCAUAGAAGUUCUUGCUACAGCACUAGAAUAUGGCCUUGAUGAUUUGCGAAGGUUAUGCUGUGAAUAUUUAGAAGAAAACCUGAGUGUCCAGAAUGCUUGUGACUGUAUGCAGGCAGCAGUGACUUAUGGUCAGGAUGAACUCAAAGAAAAAUGUAUCAUAUAUAUUGAACAGCAUACAGAGAGUGUGUUCAAGUCAAAAGCAUUCCAGGAGUUAUCAGAGGAUGCCUUGUCAGAGAUCCUCAAGGUGGAUGGUCUCAACAUGGACGAGGCAGAAAUCAUUAAAUACAUUAAAGAAUGGGCAGCGGUGAAUUCGGUUGUUUUGGGUAGGCCCGCAUGUGAUGCAGCUAAGAACGUUAUACAGUGGGCGAGGUUACCAAUCCUUACACCAGAUGAAAUUGAAAAACUGGAAAAAGAAAACAAGAAAGACAAUAUUGUAACAGUUGAUAUGUUUGCGACUGCAUGGAAAUUCCAUGCUUUGAACCAACCAGAUCCUAAUAAUCCCCUUGCAAAGAAAAGAAUUGGCACACAGGACAGGCCACAUCAUAAAAACCUUAACGGCUGAUCAUCCGCCGACUGUGAAAUACAACGCUAUUAUCAAAAUGCAUUAUUUGACGCAUAAUUUAUAUGAACAUUGAAAUGAAUUACCUAGGUUUCUUCUUUCAUUUUUCAUUUUUAUAGAUCUUAAGAUUAUUCAUUCACAGCUGUGAUGGGAAAAUUAGAUUUUGUAAAAAGUUUGAUUGGAAUUGUAAAUUAUCUCAACGAUUCAGACAUAAGAAGCAAAAACUGGUAAUAAACAUUGAUAAAAAUCCAUACAUCAUUGCAAAAGCUUCUACGGAGCUUUACUCCAUUCCAAAGACAGAUUUUGAGUCUUCUGAAAAUUUUCUAUAUCUGUAAAUUUUUUAUACAAAAGGCUAUGUUUACAAAAUUUUAUGACCAAUCUCAAAGUCCCAAUUCUGUGAAUGAGAGAUUUAAUUUUAGAGACGAAUUUAAGACUUUGAUAUGGAAAACGUUCUAAGAUUUACGUACGAUAUUGUCUUUGUUAUAUAUUUUACCCGGCUACCUGUCAAAAUUAAAAUGAAAUUCAGAUGUCAAUACAAAAAUAUUGAUGUUUCUGGUUCUGUUGUAACUUAACAGUGAAAAAAAUAUCGGAUGAGUGACAUCAUUUUAAUGUUUAUCGUUGAUUAAAUUUUUUAUUUUCAUCAGUUUUGCCAAUUUUAUUCAGGGUAUUGAACAAAAUCAUAAUAUUUAUUAAAUUUUAAUAUGUGUAGAUAGGUAUGUUUCAGUAAUAAAAAGAAUAUAAGCUUAGCCUCAAGAAAUGAGCUGCACCAUGAGAAAACCAACAUAGUGCAUUUGUGAGCAGCAUGGAUCCAGACCAGCCUGCGCAUCAGCACAGUCUGGUCAGGAUCCAUGCUGUUUGCUUUCAAAGCCUAUUGCAAUUAGAGAAACUGUUAGCGAACAGCAUGGAUCCUGACCAGACUGCGCAGAUGCGCAGGCUCAGGUCUGGGUCCAUGCUGGUCGCAAAUGCACUAUGUUGGUUUUCUCAUGGUACAGCUCAAAUAUGACUCAUUCUUUAGCGGAGUAAUAUUACACUCCAAAAGUUGCACCAUAGUCCCACUGGAGAACUCGAGCAUAUUUCUUGAUACAAAGCUGAUAACCUAUAAUUACUAGCUGUGAAAUCUGAUCAAAUUUAUAAUGUACAACAAUGUAUUUGCUGGAUUGCUUCCCUUUGACUAUUAUGUUCUUGACAAAUAGUGUUUUCUCAAAUUUAUAAUGCCAGUAUUGGCUAAAUAUGUUACAUAGGGUAACUUGUAUCACUAAAAUAGUGAUUUUCAUUUUAAAUGGCAUCAUAUUGACCAUAAUUAUGCAAUUACACUCGAAACUCGUUAUAAUGCUACUCGAUAUACCGCAGUAUUCAUUAUAACCUUGGACCCCAACGACAGCAUUAUAACGGGGUCCCAGUGUAUAUUGCAUUGUCAAAAUACUCCUAAAAUCCAUACAACAAAUACAUGUAUACAGUCAAACUUUGUUAGCUUGAACUGGACGGGAUAAUCAAAAUUUGUUCUGGUUAUUGGUAGUUCGAGCCAUGGAAAAAUACACAUUAUAAAGGUAUUUUGCUAGGACCUGACAAUGGUUUCGAGUGAAGGGUGGUUAAUUCGAGCGAACAAAGUUUUACCAUACAUAAUUCUAUAAUUCUUACUAAGAUUACAGGUAAUUGGUACUGAAUAUUGAUAUGGAGUCCAUGAAUACUAAGAUAUGUGAUAACGUCAUGUUUAUAGGUUAUUAUAUUUGUAUCCAGAAAUUAUACACCAGUCUUUAAGCAGAGAUAUUGAACAGCUAAAGGAGUACAAUAUUACUUUGCUGAAGAAUAAGCACACAUACAUGAAUGCAAUUUUAACGAUCUUUUUAUCGCAGAUGCAUCUACGCUUAGUAUUGUUAUACGGUAUAUAAAAUAUGACUUGGUACUGUAGCUUGAGUAAACUGGAAAAUGUCGCCAAUGAUUAAAUGUUUUAACAUAAUGACACACAUUGAAAUUUCAAAACAUGCCAAAGAUGAAAAUUUGAAGUCAAUAUGGAACUAUAUCGACAUCUCGAGUCCUAUUGUAAGUCAACAGAGAUUGAAAAUAUGGAUGUAAUAGGUAUAAGUAGUAUUAUGUGAUAAGUUUUUAAGAGAAUGUUUGUUUUAUUUUUAGAUUGAUUUACAUACUCAUGAUAAUGAAUACUUUGUGAAUAACUAUGCAAAGAAAGUAUAAUCCACAAAAACAAAACAUUGGUGCAAAAAUAAAGAUUUAAAUGGCUCGUAAUUUUCACAAUUGUGUGCACAUGUUGAAUAAAUAUCAUUUUUGAGGAACUAAUGAGAUUAUUUUACCAUAUUUCAUAACACAUUUUAUGUUAUUUUAUGCUUUGAAAGAUUCUAAAUAAUAUAUAUUAUGUAGUUUUGAAUUGAAAGCUUUAUGAAAACAUUACGAAUAUAUAUUUUUGCAUUAUAACACAAAUCUUGCCUCUUGUUGAAACUAUUCUUUGUAAAUAGUUCAUUCCUGCAUUAAUGUUUAAAUCUGAGCUUUGGUUAUAAUGAUUAAACAAUUAUCUUUAUAAGUCCUUGAAAACAGUCCUUAAUGAUAAAAAGCUGUAAUAUUUGACCAGAUAAUAGACAUUUUCUUUCACAUAGUUUUCUCAAACAAACAGGGCAGUUUUUUUUUAGCAAUAAAACAUUUCAGUUUGUUUACUGUAUUAAUUCUGACAAGAUUUAAAUAGAUCAAUAUAUAUUUCUCAUAAGGGGAGCAACUCUUUCAACUUUAAAAAGAUAAAUUCUUUGGUAAUCCUUCAACUUUAAUAAUGCUCAGUGUUUAAUAUUGCUUUUUCACAAAUGUGCCGGCCAUGCAUCUUGAACAUAUUGUUAGAUUUCUACAAACAUACCCUGUGACAACUUCAUCCAAAGUUUUCCAGCAGUUUACACACUUAGCUAAACAUUUAUAUAAAAGUUAGCCGGUAGACUUCUUGCACAUAAAGUUGCUAUUGGGCUGGAAAAUAAAUCUUAUCUUGAUUUACUGCUGGUAAUAAGACUUAAUAAUUUUUUAAAGUGUUUCUUAACAUUGAUGUACUGUUUUAUUUUCUUAAAUUUGAAAUGUCAUUUAUUAGGGGAUUUAAGGAAAGAAAAUAAAAAUCUUUUUAAGUCCA